AUGGCAUCUUCUACCACAAAUAAUCCAAUUCAAAAAGAUUUAAAGGAAGCGAGCGAACAAUUUCAACAGCAAAUAUUAAAUGCCUCAAAUUAUCAACUAUCUCAAGCCAAUCAAUCUAUUUCACAAGUCAGCAGUGGAAUGACCAAAGUGCAAAAAUCUCUUGAGGAAGCGCGGAGUAAUAUAAGGUCGCUAGAAAGAGAAUUAAAAUCCUUUAAAGAACAUACAAUGAAGUUCGAUUCCAGUUUUGUUCCUUUAAUUACUUUACCCAAAGAAGAAUGGCCUUCUGCUAAAUAUGUAGCUAAAUAA